GAACGCUGAAUGCCGUCCUCAAGUCAGAGAAAGACACCGAGACUUUAAUUGUAACACAAAGGUUCUUACGCACAGGACCUGACCACAGAUCAGACCCAGAGAGACUGGGACCACUGGGCUGUCCUGUACCUGGCUCAGAGUAUUUACUUUAUGGUAACCCAAGCCUUAGGAUGGUUCAUUCCCAUCGGGACUCAGGUGACACGUUAGAGACUGGCAAUGAUCUGUCAUGUUCUUACACUACAGAGAUGGACCCUGGCAACAUGCCCUUGGGUUUAGAGACACAGACUGAUCUGUCUAGAGGGGACUGGAACCGGUACAGUAGUAGGGUGUACUCUGAAGGCUGCCUAGAUAAGAAAGGGGAGGUUAUAGUCGAUGAGAGGACUGUCAAAGUGAAGGGCGAGGCUCCUCUGACAUGGAAUGUAGACGAGACUCGCUUAGGAGAUGGACACUCACAAGGCAGAGAUUUCUUAGAUUACAGGGAAAUUUUAGAGACAAAUCCAAAUAUUGCGACCCACUCCCCUUUACACACGUUCAGGGAACGUGACCCAGUGUCCAUGUCGAUGGGGCCUUUCGAUUCACAGAGCCGGGACCUUUUCGAACAGGUUUUGAACUCAAAUGACCAAAGGCCCAAGGUUUUGGAAGGUGGAGCAAAAUCAGGCGACAGUAAAGAGAAGCAGUUCCUCUGCAUGUUCUGUAAUGAAGGCUUCAAUUGCCCACAGAAGGUAGAGAUCCACCAGAGGGUCCACAUAGGGGUGAAACCCUUCAGCUGUGUCCAGUGUCACAUGCGCUUCACCCAGGCUGGUGACCUGAAGAGGCACCAGAAGGUCCACACAGGGGAGAAACCCUUCAGCUGUGUCCAGUGUCACAUGCGCUUCGCCCAGGCUGGUGACCUGAAGAGGCACCAGAGGGUCCACACAGGGGAGAAACCCUUCAGCUGUACCCAGUGUCACAUGCGCUUCACCCAGGCUGGCAACCUAAAGAUGCACCUGAAGGUCCACACGGGAGAAAGGCCAUUUGCCUGUACGCACUGUGUGAAAAGGUUCUCAGAGAGGAGAUGCCUUAGGAUACACCAGCUGAAAAAACAUUCCACUCUAUAACAUAGAAAGUAACUAUUCCACUCGAUAGCCGGUUUUCAUCAAGAAUCUCUCUGUACUUUGCUCCGUUCAUAUUUCCCUCGAUCCUGACUAGUCUCCCAGUCCCUGCCUGCCGCUGAAAAACAUCCCCACAGCAUGAUGCUUCACAGUAGGGAUUGUGCCAGGUUUCCUCCAGAUGUGACACUUGGCAUUCAGGCCAAAGAGUUCAAUCUUGGUUUCGUCAGACCAGAGAAUCUUGUUUCUCAUGGUCAGAGUCCUUUAGGUGCCACUUGGCAAACUCGAAGUGAGCUGUCAUGUGCCUUUUACUGAGGAGUGGCAUCAGUCUGGCCACUCUGCUAUAAAAGCCUGAUUGGUGGAGUGCUGCGGAGAUGGUUGUCCUUCUGGAAGUUUCUCCCACCUCCACAGAGGAACUCUGCUGCUCUGUCACAGCGACCAUCGGGUUCUUGGUCACCUCCCUGACCUCCACUGUGUUCUUGGGAACCUUCAACACUGCAGACAUUUUUUGGUCCCCUUCCCCAGAUCUGUGCCUUGACACAAUCCUGUCUCGGAGCUCUACGGACAAUUUCUUCAACCUCAUGGCUUGAUUUUUACUUUGACAUGGACUGUCAACUGUGGGACCUUUAUAUAGACCAGUGUGUGCCUUUCCAAAUCAUGUCUAAUCAAUUGAAUUUACCACAGGUGGACACCAAUCAAUUUGUAGAAACUUCUCAAGGGUGAUCAAUGGAAACAGGAUGCACCCGAGCUCAAUUUUGAGUCUCAUAGCAGAGGGUCUGAAUUUGCAAACAUUCUAAAAACCUGCUUUUGCUUUGACAUUAUGGGGUGUUGUGUGUAGAUUGAUGAGGGACGUUUUAAAAAAAAUCAAUUUUAAAAUAAGGCUGAAAUGUAACAAAACGUUGAGGGAUCUGAAUGCUUUCUGAAUGCACUGUAUAUAAGGCAUAUAUAUACUGAACAAAAAUAUAAAUGCAACAUGUAAAGUGUUGGUCCCAUGUUUCAUGAGCUGAAGCUACCAGAACUUUACCAUAUGCACAAAAAGGUAAUUUCUCUCAAAUGUGUUUACAUCCCUGUUAGUGAGUAUUUCUCCUCUGCCAAGAUAACCCAUCCACCUGACAAGUAUGGCAUAUCAAGAAACUGAUUAAACAGCAUGAUCAUUACACAGGUGCACCUUGUACUGGGGACAAUAAAAGGUCAUUUUAAAAUGUGCUGUUUUGUCACACAACACAAUGUCACAGAUGUCUCAAUGCCAGAUUUAUUUUUUUGUGUGUAUUUCACCCCACUUUUUCUCACCAAUUUUGAUCUAGUCUCAUUGCUUGAAUUCCCCAACGGACUCAGGAGGCGAAGGUUGAGUCCUACGUCCUCUGAAACAUGACCCGCCUAACCGCGCUCUUUAACACCCGCCAGCUUAACCCGGAACCCAACUGCACCAAUGUGUCGGAGGAAACACUGUUCAACUGUCAGCCUGCAGGCACCCGUUCCACCACAUGGAGUCGCUAAAGCACGAUGAGCCAACUAAAGCCUCCCCGGCCAAACCCCGACGAAGCUGGGCCAAUUGUUCGCCGUCCUAUGGGACUCCCGCCGGUUUUGGCACAGCCUGGGAAUGAACCCGAGUCUGUAAUAGCACUUCUAUCCAAUGCCUUAGACCGCUGCGCCACUCUGGAAGCCCAGAUGUCUCAAGUUUUGAGGGCACGUGCAAUUGGCAUGCUGACUGCAGGAAUGUUCACCUGAGCUGUUACCAAUUGAAUGUUCACUUCUCUCCCCAUGGCGACAGUGGGCUGAUGGUAUGGGCAGGCAUAAGCUACGGCCAACGAACACAAUUGCAUUUAUCGAUGGCAAUUUGAAUGCACUGAGAUACCAUGAUAAGAUUCUGAGGCCAAUUGUCUUGCCAUUCAUCUGCUGCCAUUUCAGCAUGAUAAUGCACCAGUUUUUCCUUGGCCUGCAUACUCACCAGACAUGUCAACCAUUGAGCAUGUUUGGGAUGUUCUGGAUCGACGUGUACGACAGCGUGUUCCAGUUCCCGCUAAUAUCCAGCAACUUCGCACAGCCAUUGAAGAGCAGUGGGACAACAUUCCACAGGCCUCAGUCAACAGCCUGAUCAACACUAUGUGAAGGAGAUGUGUCAUGCUGCAUGAGGCAAAUGGUGGUCACACCAAAUACUGACUGGUUUUCUGAUCCACACUCUGCUUUUUAAAAAAUAUAUCUUUGACCAACAUAUGCAUAUCUGUAUUCCCAGUCAUGUGAAAUCCAUAGAUUAGGGCCUAAUGCAUUUAUUUAAUUUGACUGAUUUCCUUUUAUGAACUGCUGUGUGCAUAUUUUUGUUCAGUAUAUAAGCCUAAAAUGUCUGUUAUAUAUUGUGUUUGUACUGUGUAGGCUAUAUGUUCACAUGCCUAUUUCAUUACUUCCAUUCAACUGCUUUAUUUCUUUCCCAAGACACUUUUAAUGAGAAAAUUAAUGCAGUUUAUCAAGUUCAUGCAGAUGUCUUUGUUGAUGUGUGUGAUUUUCACAUAGUGGAUUUCAAACUUGUUUGUUUAAUAAAUACAACAUGGGACUUUU